AUGAACGCAACGAAGCGAAAAUUCAACGUUCUGCUCCAAGGCCUCGGCAAUCCCGACUCCCCCCCAUCCAUGGACGCCGACUCUCGUCGUGGCGGAGCCGCCGCCGACGCCUCCUCAACCCACGAUGCGCUUCUGCAGAAACGCCGCCGCCUGGGCUUGUCCGAGUCCACGGCGCCCAAGAACUACAGCCCCUCGGACAUGACAUCCACCCUCGCCAGCCUGGCCUCGCCCCUGAGAAAAUCGAGAAAGCAGGCCGCCAGCGCCUCUAGGACCGGCAGGGACGCCCUUGUCAAGUACUGCCCCGGCGAUCGAAGCGAGCUCUUGAGGCGCUUGGCCACGUUCCAGGAACUCACGGACUGGACCCCCAAGCCUGACAGGGUCAACGAAAUCGAAUGGGCCAAGCGCGGCUGGAUCUGCCACGCCAAGGAAACGGUUCGCUGUGUUCUCUGCCACAAAGAGCUGCUCGUCAAGCUUAACCGCAAACAAGUCGACGGCAAAGAGGUGCCCGUCUUGGUGCCAUCCGAGAUUGAGGAUGCCUUGGUCGACAAGUAUUGCGAGCUGGUUGUUGCCUCACAUCAGCCAGACUGUCUGUGGCGAAGAAGAGGCUGCGAUGACUCUCUGCUGCGCCUGUCCUUUUCCAACGCCAGGGCCACGCUCGUCGCCCUCCGACAGCGAUACGACGAGCUCGGCACCAGAGCCCACUUUCUCCCAUACGAAGCCAACCUGCGGCUCCCCAGCGACCUAGACCUCGACCAAGUCCUGUCUCAGCUCCCACCCGACUUCUUCACCGACCGCGCCCCGUCCGACAGGGCCGCUCCCUCGGCGCCUAAGCCCGUCAACCGCCCCGCGCUGGCCCUCGCGCUCAUGGGCUGGCAGGGCCUCUCCAACCCGCGCAUCGGGGCGGUUCCUAACUCGGCCUCGUGCCAUACCUGCCACCGGCGACUGGGUCUCUGGAUGUUCAAGAGCAAGGAGGUGGACGAAAACGGCAAAGUCCUCGUCCCCGCGCCCAUGGACCACCUCGACCCCCUCCGCGAGCACCGCUUCUUUUGCCCGUGGAAGAACGCACAGGCCCAGAGCACAGGCGGGCCACCCCACGGCGCCGCGGCAGCCCUGGCUGGGUGGAACACACUGCUCCAGACCAUCAGGAACGAGUCGAGCCUGCGCAGCGUCUACGAGGGCUCUUCCAAGACGUCGGCGGCAGCACGACCCGCCCACGACCGCCUCGCCUCGACUCCCCUGCACAGAGCAACGCUCGGCACGCCCGGCACGCCCGCCCGCGCCACGCCCGAGCCCUCGGACACGACCACGGCAGUCAACGAGCUCGACGACGCAGAGGCCGAGGACAAGGCCCGCGACGCCAAGGACAAGGAGCGGUGGGCGAGGCUGAAGAAGGUGAAAAGUCUCUUUGACUCCAAGGGCGCCAGGAUACUGCGCCGCUCUAUCAGCCGGCCUGGUUCGGGGCAGUCCCACCAGUCGUAG